AUGAGCACUGGAACAUGGUCAGAUGAUAUACUAAAGCGGUUAAAGAUCAGAGAUGAAGUAGAAAAGAAGGAUUCGGAAUAUUACUUUGCGUUUCAACAAUUGGUGGAUAAGCUUCUACUUGAACAACAGCAACGACAGCAAAGCCAACAAGUUAAUAAUGAGGAACUAAGUCAAACCCCAUUCAGCUCCAAAUCGCCAUCUCCAUCAACAAUACUUGGCAUUGACAAAGAAAAAUCUAAGCCGACCGCUAAAUCGAAGUCAAAAACUCUCCAACUAGACAAAAUAACUGAAACUAAUGACGCCACAGUUGUGAUUAUGAAAGAAAACCAUCAGUUACGAACUGAAAAUGAAGAUUUAAUAUCAAAUUUGAAUUCAAUUACUUUGAAGAAUGAGAAACUAGAAGCAAUCAUAAAGGAGAAAGAUAAUCGGAUUGAUAAAUUAAAGAAAUUAACGAGUAAAUUACAAAAGAAUAUUGACAAUUUGAACAUUGAAAUGAAGGAAAAGAACAAGACUAUUGAAUUGAUUAAUGAUGAGAAUUUGACUAAUCAAAUACAAUUGAAUGUGUUGCGUGAUAAAAUUGAGAAAAGUAAGAGUUCGCAAAAGUGA